GGGGCUGUGGCAGGGCCCGUAGGCGGUGGCGGCUUCGGGUCCCGGCCUGGGCGCGGCCCUGCGCAGCCCGUCCCCCAGCCGCAGGGGCGCUCCUGAGCUUAGCGGGGCCGCCGCCCGGGCUGCCUGCGCGGAGGGCGGGGCGGAGGGCCGGCCGUGGCCGACGUGGCUGUUAAGUGGCCGCCCCAGCCGGCGACCCGGAGCCGAGAGCGGCGGCAGAGCCUGAGCGGGAAGCGGCCACGCCGGCGCGGCGGGAUAUGUGGUGCCUGUCAUAAGCUCCAGAGAGUUGCCUUCCACAAGACCAGCAGGAGAGUGGGCAAACAUGAAGUCCAAUCCGGCUAUCCAGGCUGCUAUUGACCUCACGGCGGGGGCUGCAGGGGGCACAGCAUGUGUACUGACCGGGCAGCCCUUUGACACGAUGAAAGUGAAGAUGCAGACGUUCCCUGACCUGUACCGGGGCCUCACGGACUGCUGCCUGAAGACUUACUCCCAGGUGGGCUUCCGUGGCUUCUACAAGGGGACCAGCCCAGCACUAAUCGCCAACAUCGCUGAGAACUCAGUCCUCUUCAUGUGCUAUGGCUUCUGCCAGCAGGUGGUGCGGAAAGUGGCUGGAUUGGACAAGCAGGCAAAGCUGAGUGAUCUGCAGAAUGCAGCUGCCGGUUCCUUCGCCUCUGCCUUUGCUGCACUGGUGCUCUGCCCCACGGAGCUCGUGAAGUGCCGGCUGCAGACCAUGUAUGAGAUGGAGACAUCAGGAAAGAUAGCCAAAAGCCAGAAUACAGUGUGGUCUGUCAUCAAAAGUAUCCUUAGGAAGGAUGGCCCCUUGGGCUUCUACCAUGGACUCUCAAGCACUUUACUUCGAGAAGUACCGGGCUAUUUCUUCUUCUUUGGUGGCUAUGAAUUGAGCCGGUCCUUUUUUGCAUCAGGGAGAUCAAAAGAUGAACUAGGCCCUGUCCCUUUGAUGUUAAGUGGUGGAGUUGGUGGGAUUUGCCUCUGGCUUGCUGUAUACCCAGUAGAUUGUAUUAAAUCCAGAAUUCAAGUUCUUUCCAUGUCUGGAAAACAGGCAGGAUUUAUCAGAACCUUUAUAAAUGUUGUGAAAAAUGAAGGAAUAACGGCCUUAUAUUCUGGACUGAAACCUACUAUGAUUCGAGCAUUCCCUGCCAAUGGAGCACUCUUUUUGGCCUACGAAUAUAGCAGGAAGUUGAUGAUGAACCAGUGGGAAGCAUACUGAAGUGUCUUGGUGGGCCUGAGCCAAGCACAGGUGUUUGAGGACUACAGUUCAUCUCAGGGUUUCUUGGAGUACAAGACCAGUUUGAAGUUAUUCUGAUUUCUUGGGAAUUUCGCUUUUUGUCUUCCCUUCUACCCUACAUCUUAAACUUUAUGGAAGAACCUCUAUUUUGCAUCAUAUCGUUUCUGCCCAUAAUCGUACUGAAAUAGAAAAGUCACUGCUCUUGCUCUUAGUAAAAUAUAGAGUGGUCAGUAGCUUUAUGCACCUAAUUCAAAAGGCAGAAUGUAGUUCCUACAACCUCCACUUGUACAUGCAAUUUGGACAGUUAUGUGUUGAGGGAAAUACUAUGUUUAUUUCAAAUAUCAGAAAAACCCAGAGGUGAUCAUUUCUCAUGAAGAUGCUUAUAAAUGGUUGCUUAACUCAUUCUAGAUGUAGGGUCUGCUUAAUGGAUGUACUUUUCUAAGUGGUUGAUUAUUAUUUUUUUGUUAUGUAGUCUCACUCUGUCACCCAGGCCGGCGCGCAGUGGCAUGAUCUCAGCUCACUGCAACCUCUGCCUCCUGGGUUCAAGCAAUUCUCUCACCUCAGCCUCCCGAGUAGCUGGGAUUACAGGUGUGCACCACCAUGCCCAGCUAAUUUUUUUUUGGUAUUUUUUGUAGAGACGAGGUUUCACCAUGUUGUCCAGGCUGGUCUUGAACUCUUUACCUCAAGUGAUUUGCCCACCUCGGCCUCCCAAAGUGCUAGGAUUACUGGUGUGAGCCACCAUGCCUAGCCAGUGGUUGAAUUUUUAAAAAACUGUUCAUGGGGUACUUGAAAACUAAAAUAUUCUUCUAGAUUUGUAAGACAGUAUACCUGCAUACUGGUGUGGCUUCCACACUUGAGUAAAAGCUUCAGAGUAGGCAUCCUAGAUUUCCCCAAGAUGCUCUACUUUUAAAAUAGUGCCAUUCAUUUUCUUGGUGGGAUCAUAUUCCACACUGACUAUAUUGCUAGGGGUGGCCCAGAGGGUCAGGCCUUUGGGAAAGAGCACGGCCUUUACCAGCUUCUCUUCUCUCCCGAAGAACUUCCCCUCUUGGGCUUUAGAUUGAGGAAGGGGCUGAGUGGUGGGCAGUGCUGCUAUGCUUUGAUGAAGACCUAGGUGGCUGGCAACAGCUCUUACCUUUUGUCUCUGGGUCCUGGCCUGGGUAGGAUUCCUGGGUGUUCUGUUGGCUCAUUUGGGGCCAUCAAUCCACUUUGGACCACUCACUGUCUGCUCUGCCUCCACCAAUCAGAAACCCUUCCAAGGAACAGUGAGAGCCAAAGCCAAGAGAAGCCUCCUUCCCUAUUUGGUGAUUGUGUGACCGUGGGUGAAAUCCUUUCUCAGAGAGAACUAGAAAGAACUCAGUGCUUGUACUCCAUAGUGAGUAAUGUCAGGGCUGACCCAUCCUGAAGCCUAUCUUGCCAUGCUUUUACAGCGUUGGAGGCUUCUCCAUUUGGUACUGGCAGUCAGUAAGUCUUAAUGAUGACUGUAUAUGGGAUAUGAGUUUAUAAAGCAAUGCAACAUAAGCAAUUGUAGGCCAGGCGCAGUGGCUCACGCCUAUAAUCCCAGCACUUUGGGAGGCUGAGGCGGGUGGAUCACAAGGUCAGGAGUUCGAGAACAGCCUGACCAACAUGGCGAAACCCCAUCUCUACUAAAAAUACAAAAAUUAGCCGGGCGUGGUGGUGUGCGCCUGUAAUCCCAGCUACUCAGGAGACUGAGGCAGGAGAAUCACUUGAACCUGGGAGGCGGAGAUUGCAGUGAACUGAGAUUGUACCACUGCACUCUAGCCUGGGUGACACAGCAAGACUUUGUCUCAAAAAAAGAACAGAAAAGAAAAGCAGUUGUACUUAACCAUGCCAUAUAUAUGUGUUCACUGACCAACCAACCAAACUCCACACUUCAUCUGAUCCCCCAUAGACUUGGGGAUGGACAGCUGUUCUUUGGCCAUAUGGUAUAAGAGGGUCAUUCUUGUCACUACUAAAGUUAACCUUGUCAUUUUGUGCUGCUCCAAGACCAGCAGGGUAUCUUCCAGUAAAGUGUUCCUAAGCAGCCUGUAUACUGAGUGCAAGCAGGCUAACAAUUUGAAUAAGAGUCCAUACCAUGUAUGUGUUUCUGUCAGCAGAUACAAGACCUCCAGGUUCCUUAAGCUUUUUGCUGUCUAUGAAUCCUCUGUGGCAACUGUAGUCAUAGAGCCAGAAGCCAGAGGGUCAGGGACAUGAGGGACUGACAAACAGCAGGGGACAUCUGGGGAGGAGAUCCCUGUUAUGUCUCUUGUGCCACAGGGCUAUUAUGGCUGGUCUUCCAUUUGCUUUUUCUUUCUUUAAGUGAAAACCAUUUUUCUACUUUGCUUUUCUCUCCAUACUUAAAUGGUCAGUAGCUACUGAGUGGUGCUUUAUCUGAAUAGGCCUGAAUUGAAGCAAAAUAUAAAUGGGACUGGCUUUCCACAGGAAGUAAACUGCUUCAGAGCCCACAGUCCCCUGCUCAGUGCCCAGAAACAAGUCAGUCAUCCCUGUUGGCAGUAAAUCUUCCCACAGGCCGUCCAUUAGAGAUUUUAUAUAUCUUCAAUAGAAAGAGUCUGAGGCAAGUGGGAGUGAGGAAUGGAAGCUUAGGUCGGGAGAAUGUUUUUUUCAUUCUGUUUGCUUAAUUCAGAGUCCAAUUUGUGCUAUUUCAUACCUGUACUCCAGGCAGAAAUAUAACUUGAAAAUACUGUGUCUAAAGAAAUUUCAGUGUUCUAUCAUUAAAUUAUUUACUUAAUA